UCGUUUUCCCCGUCGCCGGCAAAACCCGACCUCAGUUAUCGUUAACCACCGUUUAUCAAACUCCUACUCGCGUGCUAUCUGUCUCGCCAUCGUUGAUCUUUUGCAAGAGGCAAAUGAAUCAUCUGCAAAGGAUUCUCUCUGCUCGUCGAUUAUCUCCCUCAAUCAUACCUCCGUCGUGUUUUCUUCACCGGCGAUUAUUCUCAACCUCAGAAACCGAUGAUUCGUCGGCAUCAUUUUCCUCUUCGCAUCACAAGAUCCAAACGCCCGAAGACGGAGCUUCCGAUAAAAGCCGAAGCACACCGUCGACGACAUCGUCACUCAAGGAACAUGAACUUGCCAAAUUCUCUGCCAUUGCUGAUACCUGGUGGCAUUCUGAAGGGCCCUUUAAACCGUUGCAUCUAAUGAAUCCAACUCGGUUGGCUUUUAUCCGCUCGACCUUAUGCAGGCAUUUCAGUAAGGAUCCGAGUUCUGCUAGGCCUUUUGAAGGACUGAGACUUAUUGAUGUAGGUUGCGGCGGCGGACUACUAUCUGAGCCUUUAGCACGGAUGGGAGCAACUGUUACAGGAAUCGAUGCUGUUGACAAGAAUGUCAAGAUUGCUCGCCUUCACGCUGAUAUGGAUCCAGUGACUUCAACGAUUGAAUACCAUUGUACUACAGCAGAAAAGCUAGUGGAUGAAGGGAGGACUUUUGAUGCUGUUCUUGCCUUAGAGGUCAUCGAGCAUGUAGCAAACCCUGCAGAAUUCUGCAAGUCGUUGUCAGCAUUAACCAUCCCCAACGGAGCCACAAUACUUUCUACAAUUAACCGCUCUAUGCGAGCAUAUGCAUCAGCCAUUGUUGCAGCAGAGUACAUUCUACAUUGGCUUCCUAAAGGCACACACCAGUGGUCAAGUUUUCUAACUCCUGAAGAACUUACUAUGAUAUUACAACGUGCUUCAGUCGAUGUGAAAGAGAUGGCUGGAUUCGUGUACAACCCGAUAACAGGAAGAUGGUUAUUGUCAAACGACAUAAGCGUCAACUUCAUUGCCUAUGGGACGAGAAGGAGUGAUCAUGGAGACAUAUAAUUGAUCAUUCAAGUUGUGUUUCUCGGCAUAAAAAGCUUAUCUUUUUUGUUCUUAAAAGCUUAUAGUUAUACGGUAUUCUGGAGUUGCCUAGGACAAGGACUAGUUAAAUUGCAAUAAAUGAGAAAGUUUGCAGGAAACAUCCCAUGUUAGUUUUGCCUGUUACGCAUCAGCAGAUUUUGGUCUGGGCUACCACUUAUAUCAUCUGAGACAAGAACAAUUGUCAAUAUAUUUCAUUCAUUUUUGUGG